CUCUCUGUAUCAUCAGGCAAUAAAGUCUUUUUUAAAAAAGAAUUUCAUAUUGAGAAAAGAGAACUGAGAAUCGCAUCGAAGGUACCCGAGAUUCUUACUGCUGGUUCCAAACUAGAAAAUAUCAUUUUUGAAAUUGUCAACUGUGAGGGUAUUGUGGAUGGUACUAUCCACGAUGAAGAGAAAACUGGUCUGUCACAUAUGCUAACAAUAAAGGCUGAUUGGCUUAAUUUGGGAGAGUCUGUCCGGUAUACUUUCAAGCAUGGGCGCUGCAUUGUUCCUGCUAUUCCUUUAUCUCAAAUUGCAGGAAACUAUAGCUUCUUAGCUAUCCAUUCUCGCCAUUCAAACCUUAGUCUGAAUGUUGAGGUUCAUGUCAAACCUGCUAUACCAAAUCCAAAAGUGGAGCAUGAUGGAAAAAACUUCUCCACGGUCAUUGAAAAUAAUAAAAUGGUACAAGCAUACAACUACUAA